UAUUAUUAUUAUUAUUAUUAGAGCGUUGGAAUACAAAGGUCCAUAUUGAUAUAGAUCGUAAUGUACUCGUGUGGCUAAUGAUUUCAGUUUGCGGUAACCUGGCCAAAGCUCGUCGUUGAGCGCCCGAUACACCACUAAGCUCCUGUUCCGCCAUUUUAAACACCACGAGGCGAGUGAAUAAAAUAAGGUACUCAAAAUUAAUCCAAGCGUGGAAGAGCCGAGUCGUUUAAACCAAAUUGUAUUUUUAAACAACUUGGUUUAGUAAAAAACCUGGGUUACAUUAGCAAUUUUAAAUUCUGGAAUGUUAAUAAAAACCUGCCCUGUUAAUAAAAACCUGAAUCCCGCUCACCGCUUGGCAGUAUGUUAUUGAUGAACAAAGUAGUUCUUCUUCAAUAUGACUUACACGCAUUAUACUCGCCUUCAUGAUCAGAGGUCUGAUCGGGGUGAAGCAUUCUCUGUUGAGAAUGAAAUACGGAUGUGCUAUGAUAAAUAUUCACCUAUAUAAAAUAAUAAUAUUUUGCGGUACAUUGUAGGGUAAUGGGGUAUUGCUGCAUUAAUACAAAUAGAGAGAGUCCAUAUAACAACACGUGUGUAAAUCAAUGUCGCGAUGAAGAAAAAACAAAAUAGGAAGCAGAAUGUUUUGUGCGGGACACCAGAGGCACUUACGUCAAUACAACAAGAACUUCAUUAGAGAGUAAAACAAUGGAGCACGUUUGAUAUAACUCUAUGGUUAACCCAACUCUGCCGCAACUCCCCAAUAUAAUGUUUUAUAAGUCAAAAAUUACACCAAAGGUUUUAGUUUCUCAAUCAUAUGAGCUAUGUGGACCUAAUUACGCAACGCUAGAAUUGUUUGGAUUGCGCUUAGAGUUUUACGGAAGUCAGCACAAAUUAAAACGCAAAUCCGUUUAUCUUUAAACGAAUUGACGUCAAAGUAGGGUAAAACUGUGUAAAGCAAAUAUAUGGAGACUGUUAACAACAAUAAAAAAAAGUGAGAAAUAACUGAGAAGGAAAAUUUAAAAAUAUUAAAAUGUUCCACAAGAACUGUUUCUGAUAAUAUUUUUGUUCGUACAUGAAAAUAAGUCUCGUUUGCAUUUAAUAACUUCUUAAUUUGUGUUUCUACUUUACAGCGAUAGAUUUUGCAACAAAAGACCAGCUCUUAUCAUGAAGGGAAUAACGCUCGCACUCGUGGUUGCCAUACCACUUGCAUUGGCCAAAUAUUGUCCUUCAUACUGCGGGUGCUUAACCUAUUCAGACAGCGUGAGCUGUAUUCAAAAGACAGUUAGGACAUUACCAUUAAUCUACAUGCCUAGAGGGCAAAUCAAAGAAAUGUUUUUUGCUAUGAAUGAAAUCAGAAGAAUACCAGCAAAUUAUUUUCAAAGGUUUCCUAGGCUUGAAGAGAUUGUAAUAAUUGGAGGUAAAAUGCAAAGCCUUGGCAGACUUACUUUCCGUGGAUUAAAAUAUUUGAGAAAGAUUACCAUCAUAAAGAAUAAGCUACGUUCCCUACCAUCAGACAUAUUUCGAGGUUUGGUGAGAUUAAAAAAACUUAACAUAAGAAAUAAUGAAUUUGAUACACUUGAUCCAAGAUUAUUCGAUGGACUAAAGAACCUUGAAGAACUUGAUUUCGGUUACAACGGCAUUAGAAAUCUUCCUGAAGGCUUAUUUAAAGAUUUAAAAAAUCUUAAUUUGUUAGAAUUAGGUGGAAACAGAUUCAAAAUCCUUCGUUCAAGCUGGCUGUCAGGAUUAACUCAGCUUAAUAAGCUUGUUAUGACAAAUGGCGAAAUCAAGAAAAUUGACGAUUAUGCGUUCAAAAAUUUAAAGAAAUUAAAAACUCUUUAUUUGGAAUCUAAUCAAAUUGAGAAAGUAAGCAAUCAGACAUUUUUUGGGUUGGACAGUUUAGAUGUUCUCAGCGUGCAAUCAAAUAACAUACAAGAAAUUGAAAGUGGCGCUUUUCACCAUCUUGGUAACAUAAGUUUUUUGGCUAUAAAUGGAAACAACAUAAGUCGAAUUUAUCCGUACACAUUUUCAAAAUUAAAAAAAUUGGAACGAUUAUCUCUCAGAAGUUGUGGCCUCAAGCAUUUGUCAGUGAAUAUAUUCCAAGGUUUAAACAGACUCACGUUUCUUUCCCUUUACAACAACAAUGUAACACAACUGCCAAACAAUGUUUUUAUUGGAAUGCCUAAUCUUCAAACCUUGGUUCUUCGAAGAAAUGAGAUUGAGAAAAUUUCUCCUGAAGCUUUUUAUGGGUUAACAAAGCUGAAAACGUUAUACUUAGAUUUUACUAAAAUCACAACAACAGAAAAAAUCAACUUCAAGAAUAUCAAGACGCUUCUUGAACUGCGCUUGUCAAAUAAUUUGAUCAAAAAGAUCCAACCAAAUGCAUUCUCUCCUCUGAUCAACCUUCGAAAGUUAUAUCUAAAUAAGAAUAAAAUUUCCAACAUCAGUGCAGAAGGAUUUAAUGGACUAGUUAAUUUGCGUGAAUUAAACCUUAACGAUAACUUACUGGAGGACAUUCCAGCUUCAACAUUUGAUGCAACACCAAGGAUUUAUUCUGUUUCAGUAAAAGGGAAUCUAAAACCAAUCACGGGGUGAAAAAUAAACAAUCAACAUUUACAUUUAUUUAAACCUCAGAACAACUAUCGGACUAUUUACACUUCCAGGACUAUUAAAAGAAGAAAAAGCUUUCGGGGAUUUUGUCCAUGUAUUUCUGUCUUAUAAAAUGUAUUACAUACACUUCUGAUUUUUGUAUAUUCGUCCCUUUGUGAUUUUGCCUAGCUUCAUCAAAAA